GUACUAAUUAAAUUGGACGUAAGUCAGUAAAUUGGCCAUAGGCGGCUCCGCAAAUCGGGCAACCGUCUCCGUCCAGCCAGUGACACUGCCACACUCGGGCGUUGACUCGAAUUCAACCUAAUAAACGCGCCCGUUUUCUUCCUCCGAUCACCGUCAAACACCCAACCGCCGCCGCCGCCGCCACAAAUGAAGGCCGUGGUGAUAACCACCCCAGGCGGACCCGAAGUGCUGCAACUACAAGAGGUCGAAGACCCACAAGUCGGUGACGACGACGUUCUGAUCAAAGUCGCGGCCACAGCGCUCAACAGGAUCGACACUCUCCAGCGCAAGGGCUCGUACCCGCCUCGGUUCCUUGGUCUCGAAUGUUCUGGAAACGUCGAGGCCGUCGGGAGAAACGUCACUCGGUGGAGAAUCGGCGACGAGGUUUGUGCUCUUCUUAGUGGAGGAGGGUAUGCUGAGAAGGUGGCUGUACCGGCAGGACAGGUUCUUCCUGUUCCACCUGGUGUUUCUCUUAAAGAUGCUGCAAGUUUUCCUGAAGUGGUAUGCACUCUUUGGUCGACCGUUUUCAUGAGGAGCAGGCUAAGUGCAGGAGAAACAUUCCUGAUACAUGGGGGCUCUAGUGGGAUUGGUACAUGUGGAAUCCAGCUAGCAAAAUCCAAGGGAGCCAAAGUGUUUGUCACAGCGGGAAGUGCAGAAAAAUUAGCUGCUUGCAAGGAUCUUGGAGCUGAUGUGUGCAUCAACUACAAGACGGAAGAUUUUGUUGCUCGUGUAAAGGAAGAAACACAAGGGAAAGGAGUUGAUGUUGUACUGGAUAACAUGGGAGGGUCCUACUUUCAGCGAAACCUUGACAGCCUAAACGUCGAUGGGAGACUUUUUAUCAUUGGUUUUAUUGGUGGAACAGUAUCAGAAGUGAAUCUCGCGGGUUUGCUUGCAAGGCGCCUCACAGUGCAAGCGGCUGGGUUGCACAGCAGAAGUACAGAAAACAAAGCUCUGAUUGUAAAUGAAGUGGAGAAGAAUGUUUGGCCAGCAAUCAUGGCGGGGAAGGUGAAACCAGUUGUGUACAAGUAUCUUCCAUUAUCUGAAGCAGCAGAGGGUCACCGGCUUAUGGAAAGUAGCAACCAUAUUGGGAAAAUUCUCCUUGUCCCAUGAUACCUCGGACGAUAUUGUGUAUCCACAGAUUCUACAUCAUAUUAUGUAAGUUAUUUUUUCUUUUUGUUUCGAACACCCUUUAAAGAGUGCGCUUUCUGUAUGAAUUGAAUGUCUGUUUUAUUGCUUCUCUUUGUAUGCACCGUUGUACACGAGUAUAAAUGGCACACUGGUAUUCUCCCUUGCUCA